AUAAGAAAAAAGCAGAGCAAUUAAAAGGAUGGCGUUUAUGAAUACUGAAGGUAAAGGUCUAGUAAUAUCACAACUAAUGAAACCUUAGACAAUAAUAAUAAUUACCAGAAUUCAGAAAACAAUUUAGAUAAAUAUUUGUUGUUGAGAGAAAUCAAAGAAAAGGAAAAACAAAAUGAGGUCAUCAACUGGAAGUGCAGCGAAGCUGAUUGUUGAUGCACUUCUUCAAAGAUUUCUUCCUCUUGCUAGACGUCGUAUUGAAACAGCUCAAGCACAGGAUGGACAAUACCUACGACCAUCUGACCCAGCUUAUGAGCAAGUUUUGGAUUCAUUAGCUAUGGUAGCUCAACAUACACCUGUCCCUCUUCUUGAAGCGCUGUUAAAGUGGCGAGAAAGUGAAUCUCCAAAGGGUGCAAAUGAUGCCUCUACAUUCCAGAAAAAGCUUUCCGUGGAGUGUAUAUUUUGUUCAGCAUGUAUUCGAUUUGUGGAGUGCUGCCCAGUGGAAGGACUUACAGAGAAACUUUGGUCUGGGCUCGAAAAUUUUGUAUUUGACUGGCUAAUCAAUGCUGACAGGAUUGUAAGCCAGAUUGAAUAUCCCUCAUUGGUUGAUUUGCGUGGACUUCUUCUAGAUUUAGUUGCACAGCUCCUUGGUGCAUUAUCACGGAUCAGGUUUAGUUCUGUAACUGAGCGUUUCUUUAUGGAACUUAAUACGCGCCGUAUUGACACGAGUGCUGCUAGAAGUGAGACACUUAGUAUCAUUAAUGGGAUGCGGUACCUUAAACUCGCGGUGAAGUCUGAGGGUGGACUUAAUGCAUCCGCUUCAUUUGUGUCAAAAGCAAACCCCCUUAAUCCUCCACAUAAAAGGAAAAGUGAACUCCAUCAUGCUCUAUGUAAUAUGCUUUCAAGCAUACUUGCACCACUUGCAGAUGGUGGAAAAAACCAAUGGCCCCCAUCAGGUGUUGACCCUGCACUGAGUUUGUGGUAUGAAGCAGUAGCUAGAAUAAGAGGCCAACUUAUGCAUUGGAUAGAGAAACAGAGCAAACAUAUAUCUGUUGGUUAUCCUUUGGUGACCCUUCUUCUUUGUCUGGGUGAUCCACAAACUUUCAAUAACAACUUCGGUUCUCACAUGGAAUAUCUAUAUAAGCAUCUAAGGGACAAGAACCAUCGCUUCAUGGCUUUGGACUGUCUUCAUCGAGUCGUUAGAUUUUACUUAAACAUUUAUGCAGACUACCAACCUAGAAAUCGUGUGUGGGACUACCUAGACAGUGUAACAGCACAGCUUUUAACUGUUUUGAUGAAAGGACUUCUAACUCAGGAUUCCCAACAUGAUAAACUUGUUGAGUUUUGUGUGACUAUCGCAGAAAGUAACUUAGACUUUGCGAUGAACCACAUGAUACUGGAACUUCUGAAAUCCGAAAAUUUGAGCGAAUCGAAGGUUAUUGGCUUACGGGCUUUGCUGGCCAUUUUUCGGUCUCCUACAAAUCCACAGGCUAGCUUGCAAGUUUUUCAAGGUCAUGAUGUUGGUCACCAUGUUCCAAAAGUGAAGUCUGCAAUCGAGUCAAUCUUAAGGUCCUGCAACAGAACCUACUGUCAAGCUCUUCUUACUUCAUCAAAGACGACAAUAGGUAACCAAAGAAAAUCUCAGGGACAUCUCUUCCGGUCAGUACUUAAAUGCAUACCGUAUCUGAUUGAAGAAGUCGGUCGAAGUGAUAAGAUUACUGAAAUAAUCCCUCAACAUGGCAUAAGUAUUGAUCCCGGUGUUCGUGAAGAAGCUGUUCAAGUUCUGAAUAGGAUUUUAAGGUACCUUCCCCAGCGCCGCUUUGCAGUAAUGAAAGGAAUGGCCAGUUUCAUCAUUCGGCUCCCAGAUGAAUUCCCUCUUCUUAUUCAAACAUCACUGGGACGCCUAGUGGAACUCAUGCGUUUCUGGAGAGCAUGUUUGUCUGAUGAGAGACUUGAACAUGAUAGUGGUUUUCAGAAUAUGAGAGGGGCUAUCCAAGAAAAUGAAACAAUCUGUAGGCCACCUCCUUACAAUCCUCAGACAGGUGAAGCGGUUGAAUUUCGUGCAUCUGAAAUGGAUGCUGUAGGUCUUAUCUUUCUCAGUUCCGUGGAUAUUCAAAUCAGACACACAGCAUUAGAGUUACUUCGAUGUGUUCGCGCUCUGAGAAAUGAUAUAACAAAUUUUUCAGUAAAUGCCCGGUCUGAUUUUAGGUUGAGAGUGGAAGCUGAACCGAUAUUUGAAAUUGAUGUUCUAGAAGAAAAUGAGGAGGACAUUGUUCAGAGCUGCUACUGUGAUUCUGGUGGACCUUUUGAUUUGAGACGGGAGGAUGCAGUUCCUGCUGAUGUGACACUCUAUUCCCUUCUAGAAGGCCCUGAUAAAAAUAGAUGGGCUCGUUGUGUCAGUGAGCUUGUGAAAUAUGCUGGUGAACUUUGCCCGAGCUCAGUGCAGGAAGCGAAGUUGGAGGUGAUGCGGCGGCUUGCUCAUAUUACACCUGCAGAAUUAGGUGGGAAGGCUCAUCAAUCACAAGAUACUGAAAACAAAUUAGAUCAAUGGCUUGUAUAUGCUAUGUUUGCAUGCUCUUGUCCACCUGAAGCUGGUAGUUUGGCAGUAACCAAAGAACUUUACUCUCUCAUCUUCCCUUCACUAAAAUCUGGAUCUGAAGCCCACAUGCAUGCAGCUACCAUGGCUCUUGGCCGAUCACAUCUCGAGGUCUGUCAAAUCAUGUUUGGUGAGCUUGCACUAUUUGUAGAAGAAAUUUCAUCUGAAACAGAAGGAAAGCCCAAGUGGAAGAGUCAGAAAUCCCGGUGAGAGGAACUCCGUAUUCACAUUGCAAAUAUAUAUCGUACUGUUGCUGAGAAUGUUUGGCCUGGGAUGCUGAACCGAAAACCAGUUUUCCAUCUCCAUUAUUUGAAGUUCAUUGAAGAAACUAUAAGACAAAUCAUAACAUCAACCACAGAUAGCUUUCAAGAAGUGCAACCUCUCCGCUAUGCCCUAGCGUCUGUUCUAAGAUCACUAGCCCCUGACUUUGUGGAAUCAAGAUCGGAGAAAUUCGAUAUUAAAACUCGAAAACGGCUCUUUGAUCUUCUUCUCUCUUGGUGUGAUGAAGUUGGCACCACAGUAGGUGGUCAGGAUGGUGUAACUGAAUAUCGACGUGAAAUCGACCGUUACAAGCAAGCUCAGCAUGGUCGAUCAAAGGAGUCUGUAGAUAGGAUAUCGUUUGACAAAGAAAUGAAUGAGCAAGUUGAGGCAAUUCAGUGGGCCUCAAUGAAUGCCAUGGCUUCAUUGUUGUAUGGUCCUUGCUUUGAUGAUAAUGCAAGAAGGAUGAGUGGAAAGGUAAUAUACUGGAUCAAUGGGUUGUUCACUGAGCCAGCACCUAGGGCACCUUAUGGGUAUUCACCAGUUGAUUCAAGAACUCCGAGAUACGCGGAUGGAGGGCGUGCUAGUGUUGGGCGUGAUCAGAAAAAGGGCCUGCGGGUUGCCCUAGCUAAAACAGCUCUAGAAAAUCUUAUUCAAACAAAUUUAGAUCUGUUUCACGCUUGCAUUGACCAGUGCUACUAUUCUCAUGCUGCCAUAGCUGAUGGUUACUUUAGGGUGCUAGCUGAAGUCUACAUGCGCCAAGAAAUCCCCAAAUGUGAAAUACAAAGACUUCUAAGCUUGAUCCUCUAUAAGGUGGUAGACCCAUCGAGACAGAUCCGUGACGACGCCCUUCAGAUGCUUGAGACCUUAUCCAUUCGUGAGUGGGCAGAGGAAGGUAUUGAAGGAUCGGGUAGUUACCGAGCUGCUGUUGUUGGCAAUCUUCCCGACUCCUAUCAUCAAUUCCAAUAUAAGCUCUCCUGCAAACUUGCCAAAGACCACCCUGAGCUUAGUCAGCUUCUGUGUGAGGAGAUUAUGCAAAGGCAGCUGGAUGCUGUUGACAUUAUCGCCCAACAUCAGGUGUUAACUUGCAGCCCGUGGAUUGAGAACCUUAACUUUUGGAAACUCAAAGACUCGGGUUGGAGUGAAAGAUUAUUAAAAAGUCUUUACUAUGUAACGAUGCGGCACGGAGACCAAUUUCCUGAUGAAAUCGAGAAGCUCUGGAGCACUAUUGCUAGCAAGCCUAAGAACAUAAGCCCAGUUCUCGAUUUCUUAAUUAUUAAAGGUAUAGAAGAUUGCGAUUCACAACGUACAAUUGAUCACUUGGUUUACCAGUUAGCUCAACGAAUGCUGGAGGAUAGCGUGGAACCGAUAAGGCUUAGCACGAACAAAGGUGAGGCUAGCGGAAAUUUUCUGUUGGAAUUCUCUCAGGGACAGACUGCAGCAUCACAUAUUGGAUCGGUUGUUGAUAGUCAGUCCCACAUGUCACCAUUACUUGUUCGGGGUUCCUUUGACGGUCCACCUAGAAAUACAAGUGGGACCCUGAGCUAGCGAACAGCGGCUGGACACAGCAUCUCGGGCCCGUUAAGUCAGAUGCCUCCAGAGGUGAACAUAGUUCCUGUUGGUGCUACACGAUCAGGGCAACUCCUACCUUCUAUAGUAAACAUGUCGGGACCUUUGAUGGGAGUCCGAAGUUCAACAGGCACCCUACGCAGCCGCAAUAUGUCACGUGACAGUGUAGACUACUUCAGCGACACACCGAACUUUGGUGAGGAUGGAUUACAUUAUGGUGGUGUGAUGCAUGGUGUGAACGCUGGAGAGUUGCAAUCAGCCCUGCAAGGUCACCAACAGCACUCACUGACUCAUGCGGACAUAGCAUUGAUUCUUCUCGCCGAGAUUGCCUAUGAGAAUGAUGAUGACUUUCGGGAGCAUCUACCCUUGCUGUUCCACGUUACAUUUGUGUCAAUGGAUAGUUCAGAAUAUAUCGUGCUUGAGCAUUGCCAAAACUUGCUUGUCAAUCUGCUUUACUCUCUAGCUGGCCGCCACUUGGAGCUUUAUGAUGUUGAGAACAUUGAUGGGGAAAACAAACAGCAGGUUGUAAGUUUGAUCAAGUAUGUCCAGUCUAAGCGAGGAAGCAUGAUGUGGGAGAAUGAGGACCCCACAGUCUUGCGAACUGAACUUCCAAGUGCGGCACUUCUAUCUGCUCUAGUUCAAAGCAUGGUUGAUGCAAUCUUCUUCCAAGGAGACCUUCGAGAGACAUGGGGGACUGAGGCAAUUAAAUGGGCAAUGGAAUGCAUGUCCAGGCACCUUGCUUGCAGGUCCCACCAAAUUUACCGUGCAUUACGUCCAAGCGUCAAUAGCGACACAUGUGUCUCCCUCCUGCGGUGCCUUCACAGGUGCUUGGGGAACCCUAUACCAUCGGUUUUAGGGUUUUCCAUGGAGAUUCUGUUAACAUUACAAGUAAUGGUGGAGACGAUGGAGCCAGAGAAGGUGAUACUUUACCCUCAGCUUUUCUGGGGGUGUGUUGCUAUGAUGCACCUGGAUUUCGUCCAUGUGUAUUGCCAAGUCCUUGAGCUGUUUGCUCGUGUGAUUGAUCGACUGUCGUUCAGGGACAGAACAACUGAGAAUGUCUUCCUUUCAAGCAUGCCUAGAGAGGAGUUAGACACCUCCAACAUGGGUGAACUUCAAAAGAUGGAAACAAGGAGGGGAGUAAGUGAACUUCCUCCUAGACCUAGUGGUAGGGUACCAACUUUCGAAGGGGUGCAGCCUCUUGUGCUUAAAGGGCUUAUGUCAACUGUCAGUCAUGGGCACUCUGUCGACGUGCUUUCGCGGAUUACUGUGCACUCAUGUGAUUCCAUAUUUGGGGAUGGAGAAACACGGCUUCUGAUGCACAUUACAGGCUUGCUUCCAUGGCUUUGCUUGCAGCUCAACAAGGACUUGCAACUCUUUCCUGCUUCUCCGCUCCAACAACAGUACCAAAAAGCUUGCUCUGUUGCAGCCAAUAUAUCAGUCUGGUGCCAUGCAAAAUCACUGGAUGAACUAGGGGCAGUAUUUUUAGCCUACUCUCGAGGCCAAAUUGCAUCCAUGGAUAACCUACUAGCUUGUGUUUCACCAUUAUUAUGCCACGAAUGGUUCCCAAAGCACUCAGCUUUGGCUUUUGGGCACUUGUUACGGCUUCUGGAGAAGGUGCCCGUGGAGUACCAACGUGUAAUUCUGCUAAUGCUUAAAGCUUUGCUACAGCACACGUCAAUGGAUGCGGCUCAAAGCCCACAUGUAUACGCGAUUGUCUCACAACUUGUGGAGAGCACGUUAUGUUGGGGGGCAUUGAGUGUGUUGGAAGCCCUUUUGCAGAGCUGUAGCACGUUUGCUGGAGCUACUCCUCCACACGUCCUAGGGACAACAGAGAACGGUGAAGAGAAAAAGCUUGUUCCUCAGACCUCGUUUAAGGUUCAUAGUGGGCAGUUGCAGUAUGGUAUUGUUGGAAUGGGGGGCACAAACAGUGUUGGUGGUGCAACAGAAUCAGGAGGAUUGCCACCGAGGGAGCUGGCUUUGCAGAAUACCCGUCUCAUUUUAGGGCGAGAUCUUGAUACUUGUGCACUUGGGAGGAGGAGAGAGUAUAGAAGGCUUGUCCCCUUUGUGACCACUAUGAGAAAUCUAUAGAUGUGGCUCUGUAGUUCGUAACAACAGCCUCAAAGUUGCUAACUACAGAGAGACACAUCAGGAUUGCGUGCAUUUUAGUUUCUCAGGUGGUCUGUGACAGGUCAGGUCUGCCUAAUUUCCAUGACUGGUGAUUGUUAAGGAUAACACAGUUGAGAACUCAACAGAAUCUAGUUGAGUCAAUCAGAUGACAAUGUAUUACAGUUUCCUACUGCUAUGUUUACGUUCAGUUAGAGACAUAGCUUAGACUUUGAUAGAGCCUUCAGUUUGUUGAGUCAAUAACGAAAUACGUGUAACUGCUUUGCAGAAAUCUAUUGAUAUAGAUAUCAUUGUGAUCUCCACAAAAGAACCGUGGAAGAUCUUCUACCCAAUAUCAAGUUUUAACUGUGAUGUUCUGCGUCAAAUGAUGCAUCCCGUUGUCUUUGCUUUUCCUUGUAAAUAAAUCUGUAGGAGGGAAAACAAAAAGAAAUGCAUACUUUGUGCUGAUGAGAUAUUAGGAGAAGAGUCCAGGGCAAAGAUGAAGAGUGAUAGAUUUCGAAAACAACAGCACUGGUAUAUGCAUAUUCAGAGGGUCUGAUCUAUAAUAUUUCGACAAGUAGAUGCUAAUAAUAAAUCAUCAACUUAUAAAACAGAGAAUGUUUAUUCGAUCGAGCACUUAUCAUCAAGUCUGUUUUCCUGCUAACUUCUCGACAACAAAAUCCACGAAUAUACGGUAUUCGCCAAUUGCUCUGUCAUCGAUGCUAUUUCUCAAAAGUGGUGGGAAGUAGAAGCAACUUACGUUAACACCAAGAAACGCUAAAAUCAAAGGUCCAGAUAUCCAUGGAUGCAAUUGAAACCUAUCAUAGAAUACCAAAUUUGUCUUCUUCACUAUACUUCCCAAAGCUAUACAAAUCCCUUGUAUCACAAAGAAACAAGUCACUUCCCAAGAAGGAUAUACUCGCGUGACAUAAUAUACCAUCAAUUCAUGCAUUAGCCCUGAGACCCAAAAUGUUAAUAGUAUGGCUGGUAUUGUUGCCCACUUUCUACCUAAAAUAUGCGUACAAAAGGAUCGUAUGGGCAAGUAUACUGUGAGCCAUAGAAUAUUGGUAACCAUGAGAUUCCAUCUUCUACCCCAGAAAUCUUGGAGUGAUGUUGAAAUGAAUGGAUCUAUGAAUUGUGGUUCCAGAUCAUCUAAUCCUAGAAUAAAUAGAGCAAGGGCAGCAGACACGACAAGAUAGACUUCUGUGAUGAAAUACAAGUGCAAAAUGUAAAGGGACAAUAAAAAGAAGGAGUGUAUGUAUUGUUUGUAACUAUAAACAUGUAUUAGUAGACCCAUUACUAAAACUUUUAUUGAGCAAUUCAUUAGGAGAAGUAUUGAUGAAAAUUUGCUUUUUCUACUAAUGGUUUGACCAUGGAUAGCUUCUUCUGAUUGUAUUUUUUGUUUGAUUCUUAUAGGAAGACAAGCAGUGGAAAUGAACUGUUUGAGUGAGAAAUAUGAUGGGUCAAGUGAUGGGUUUGAUAGAGGACCAUGAUUGAAUGCAAAGAGGAGAAGUUUGAAAUUAACGACCCAUGAAACUGAGAAACCGGUGAUGCCAAUAAAAUGGACAGAAGAAAGUGAAAGUGGGAGAUAAAGGAAAAUGGAAAUAACGGGAAGUAUUGAAAAUAGUCUUUGGAAUCCUUUUGGGAUGAUUUUGGAGAUAAAGUGACAAUAGGUUAGUGAUGCAAGAACUAUCAGGCAUACCUUGAUGAAAUUUCUUAUUUCACUUUCUACACCCAUUCUUAAUUGGACGUAUAACCCUUUUAAGAAAUUAGAGUAUAUGCCACCAAACUAUCUUCUUAACUUCCUAUAAAAAGAAGAUAUUAUUUCUACUUAAAAGAAGAUACCAAUAGUGAAAGUGUGGGUUCACAAGAACUGAAUGCAUGGAAUAAAUUUAGGAAAAUAAUUUCAGCUAACUAAUUCAAUCCCUAUUUCAUUUUGUGUGUUUCAUUAAAUUAAACUAUUGGUACUAACUAACUACAUUAAAGUGGCGUAGUUUAUUUAU